CUCCCCAACCCUCCCCCCUCCCUCGAUUUGGACGGUCCGCGUCCAUCCCCACCCCUCCACCGCCUCCCUCCUUCCCCGCGUCCCUCCGCCGCUGGCAGCCUCUGGACACCGGCAGCCAUCGUUGAAUGUUGUAUACAGACCUUUUCGGAUGAGAGAGCCUUCUUUUUUACAGGCUUUAUGGCUCAAAAUUCAUCUCGUCUUCAUCGUUUGCUCACCUUAUUGGACACUGGUUCAACUCAAGCAACUAGGUUUGCUGCUGCGCGACAAAUUGGGGAUAUUGCAAAGUCUCAUCCUCAAGACCUGAGCUCCCUCUUAAAAAAGGUUUCUCAAUACCUUCGCAGUAGAAACUGGGAUACAAGGGUUGCUGCUGCACAUGCUGUGGGUGCAAUAGCUGAAAAUGUCAAACACACAUCUCUAGAGGAGCUUUUUGCAUCUGUUGAAGCAGAGAUGCUGGUGGCUGGAUUUUCUGAUGUUUCUAAUGGUGCAGGAAUGUCUUGGUCAAAUUUUCAACCUAAUGAUGUUGCAGGCCUCUCGUUUAGAAGUUUUGACAUAAAUAAGGUAUUGGAAUUUGGUUCUCCAUUAUUAGCAUCAGGGGGACAGGAGUAUGAUGUUGCAAGUGACGGUAGCAAGAAUCCAGCAGAGCGGUUAGCUCGUCAGAAGCAAAACCUUCGCCGUCGUUUGGGAUUAGAUGUUUGUGAGCAGUUUAUGGAUGUAAGUGAUGUGAUUAAAGAUGAGGAUCUUCUGGCACAAAAAGGUUAUCUGAGUGGAAAUGGAUCCUAUAGGGGAUAUCAUGCAUCCCAGUCUGGACAAAAUAUCCAGCAGCUAGUUGCUACAAUGGUCCCUAGCUUUCGGCCUAAAAGGUUAAGUGCUAGGGAACUGAAUCUCCUAAAAAGAAAAGCAAAAAUAAAUGCAAAAGAUCAUACAAAAUGCUUGUCUGAGGAUGAUGAGCUUGAGGUACCAUAUUCUCAAAACACAGUGAUGCCUACAGGAACAUGUUCAGAUCCACUAGGUGCCUGUAAGGAUUCAACAGAUUCUCCAGCAGAUGAAGACAAUAGUGAGCAUGGUGAAAAUGGGAAAUGGCCUUUUCAACAAUUCGUGGAGCAACUUGUUCAUGAUAUGUUUGACCCUGUUUGGGAAGUGCGCCAUGGUACUAUCAUGGCUUUGAGAGAAAUUUUAACAUAUCAAGGGGCCUAUGCUGGAGUAUACUUCCCUGAUCUGAGCUUGAUGAAGUCCUGUUUGGUCGACUUGGAUGAUAAAAGCUUUUUAAAUUCAAUAAAAAGGGCUAGAGAAAUUGAUCUAAAUAUACAGUUCACUGUUGAUGAGUAUGAACCUGAUUUGAAGAGGCACAAGUCUAAUUGUGAAGAAUCAGUUCUGUCCAAUAAUAGAAUCGGGUACUUAAAUAAGGAGAUGAAUAAUGGUGCUUAUGGGAACAUGGAAGGUGGUCUGGUGGAUGCAACUCCUGUGUGUGUUAAUGGUAACCUUCACAUUGCACCUCUUAAGGUGGAACCAGAUUUGUGUACAGAUGGAUUGAAUUCUCAGGUCAAAGAAGAGGAUAUGUCAUCACUACGAUCUUUCUUUGAAGAUAACAGCUCCAUUUUGAAUGUGAAUGUUCUUGCGAAUCAUGCUGAAAGUUCCAAACUCGUGAAAUUGAUAAAAUUGGCCAGGCACUCAUGGGUGAAGAACUGGGAGUUUUUGCAAGAUUGUGCCAUUCGAUUUCUGUGUGUUCUUUCUUUAGAUCGCUUUGGAGACUAUGUUUCCGACCAGGUCGUUGCUCCAGUUCGUGAAACUUGUGCUCAAGCUCUUGGCGCUGUUCUCAAGUACAUGCAUCCUUCAUUAGUUCAUGAAACAUUGAAAAUCUUACUGCAAAUGCAGUGCAGGCAAGAAUGGGAAAUCCGUCAUGGAAGCCUUCUUGGGAUAAAAUAUUUAGUUGCAGUUCGAAGGGAGAUGCUUCAAGAUUUACUGUUUUAUGUCCUGCCUGCCUGUAGAGCUGGGUUGGAGGAUCCAGAUGAUGAUGUUAGGGCAGUUGCGGCUGAGGCAUUAAUACCUGCUGCUGCAGCCAUAGUCUCCCUUGAUGACAAAAUAUUGCAUUCAAUUGUUAUGUUGCUUUGGGAUAUUUUGCUUGACUUGGAUGACCUCAGCCCAUCCACAAGCAGUGUAAUGAACUUGUUGGCAGAAAUAUAUUCUCAGCCAGAGAUGGUUCCAAAGAUGCUAGAUACAUUGACAUUGGUCGAGAAACAGGAAUUUGAUCUUAACGAAGCAUCUCAAGCCGAAGAACAUGGGAAUGCCACUAAACUGAUGGAUAAUCCCUAUAUAUUGUCCACUCUAACCCCCAGGCUGUGGCCAUUUAUGAGACACAGUAUCACUUCAGUUCGUCAUUCUGCCAUACGCACUUUGGAGCGGCUUCUUGAAGUUGGUUAUACAAGGAGUUCUUGUGAAUCUAUGGCUACUAGAUUUUGGCCUGCUUCAGUACUAGGUGAUGCACUGCGGAUUGUUUUUCAGAAUCUGCUAUUGGAAUCAAAUGAUGAUAUUCUUCAGUCUUCGGAGAGGGUGUGGAGGCUCCUGCUUCAGUGCCCAGAGCAGGACUUGGAAGCUUCUGCGAAGGCGUAUUUUGCAUCUUGGAUGCAGCUUGCAACUACUCCAUGUGGUUCCUAUCUGGAUUCUACAAAAAUGUUUUGGCCAGUUGUGCUUCCUCGCAAAAGUCGUUCCAGAGCUGCUGCUAAAAUGAGAGCUGUAAAGCUUGAAAAUGAAAGUGAUAAAACCUCUGCUGGUGAUUCUGCAAAAGAAUAUAAUCUGCAGGAGAAAAAUCUUGAUGUUCCCGCCAAUAUCACUAAGAUAAUUGUUAAUGCAGAUGGUGAAAAGUCUGUCACUCAUACAAGGGUCGUUACUGCAACAGCCCUUGGUAUUUUUGCCUCUAAGUUGCCUGCGACUUCUCUACAUGUUGUAGUUGAUACAUUAUGGAGUGACCUUACCUCCUUUUCUGGAGUCCAGAGACAGGUGGCUUCAAUGGUUCUUGUGGCUUGGUUCAAAGAACUUCAAAGCAGGGACCCUGCUGAAUCUCGAAAAAUCUUGCUUGGCAUUUUGAACGAUUUGAAGCAAUGGUUGCUGGAUUUGUUGGCUUGCUCUGAUCCGGCAUUUCCUACAAAAGAUUCAGUUCUUCCUUAUGCUGAACUUUCAAGAAGUUAUGCUAAAAUGCGCAAUGAAGCCCGUCUGCUGUUCCGCUCUAUUGAUUCUUCUGGUGCAUUCAAAGACCUUAGGUCAAGUAUUAAUUUUAAUGUGGAUACACUAAGUGUUGAUGAAGCAGUUAAUUUUGUUUCCAAACUUUCAUUGCCCGUUGACUCCACUGGCGCUGGAACCAUUGAAAAACACCUUUUGGAUGAUAUAGAGUCAUUGAAACAGCGAGUUCUUGCUACAUCAGGCUACUUAAAAUGUGUUCAGAACAAUCUACAUGUAACUGUCUCAGCCUUGGUUGCUGCUGCAGUGGUCUGGAUGUCAGAAUUGCCCACGAGGCUCAAUCCUGUUAUUUUGCCUUUAAUGGCUGCUGUCAAAAGGGAACAGGAGGAAAUAUUGCAACAAAAGGCUGCUGAAGCACUUGCUGAGCUUAUUUUUCACUGUAUUGGGCGUAAGCCUUGUCCAAAUGAUAAGUUAAUUAAGAAUCUUUGCAGCUUGACAUGUGCAGAUUCUUGUGAGACACCCCAAGCAGCACUCAUAAAUUCAAUGGAGGUCAUUGAGGACCACAAUUUGUUGUCUUUUGGAAAGGCAGCUAGCGGUCAGAGGGCUAAGCUUCAGGUGCUACCUGCUGCUGAAGAUAGGUCUAAGGUGGAAGGGUUUAUAAGUAGGCGUGGAUCGGAAAUGGCAUUAAAACACCUAUGCCAGAAAUUUGGGUCUUCAUUGUUUGAUAAACUUCCGAAGCUCUGGGAGUGUCUGACUGAGGUUCUCAAACCUCUUUCUUCUGAAAUUCAUCUUCUUACAGAUGAGCAGAAGAUGCUAAAAAUGAUUGACUUUUGCAAGGAUAAGGAUCCACAAAUUUUGAUAAACAACAUUCAGGUGGUUCGUUCGGUUGCACCUAUGGUAGAUGAGUCAUUAAGACCACAACUUCUCACUCUUCUUCCAUGCAUUCUUGGGUGCAUCCGCCAUUACCAUGUUGCUGUUAGAUUAGCUGCUUCUAGAUGCAUCACCUCCAUGGCCAAAUCGAUGACAGUCAGUGUGAUGGGAGCAGUGAUAGAAAAAGUUAUUCCUAUGUUGUCAGAUACAACAUCUGUGCAUGCAAGACAGGGGGCUGGAAUGCUUGUGAGCUUGCUUGUUCAGGGUUUGGGUGUGGAGCUGGUUCCUUAUGCUCCUUUACUUGUGGUUCCACUCCUGAGAUGUAUGAGCGAUUGUGAUCAUGCAGUUAGACAGAGUGUUACACAUAGCUUCGCUGUGCUUGUACCUCUGCUACCAUUAGCUAGAGGACUCCCUGCACCAGUUGGACUAAGUGAAAGUUUAUCAAGGAGCACAGAAGAUGCGCAGUUUUUAGAGCAACUUCUUGAUAACUCCCAUAUUGAUGAUUACAAGCUCUCCGUUGAUCUCAAAGUGUCGUUGAGAAGGUAUCAGCAAGAAGGAAUAAACUGGUUAUCUUUCUUGAGACGGUUCAAACUGCAUGGAAUUUUAUGUGAUGAUAUGGGCCUUGGUAAAACACUCCAGGCAUCAGCAAUAGUAGCAUCUGAUAUUGCAGAGCGGCGUGCUUGUGGUAAUGGAAAGGACCUUCAAUCUUUGAUUAUCUGCCCUUCGACAUUAGUUGGGCAUUGGGCAUAUGAAAUAGAAAAAUAUGUGGAUGAUUCUGUGAUGGUUACUCUUCAAUAUGUUGGUUCUGCCCAAGAAAGGAUGUCGCUUCACAGUCAGUUUGAUAGGUGUAAUGUCAUUAUAACAUCUUAUGAUAUUGUUCGUAAAGAUGUUGGUUAUCUUGGCAUACUUUCAUGGAACUAUUGUAUUCUAGAUGAGGGACAUAUCAUCAAGAACUCAAAAUCUAAAAUUACUGCUGCAGUGAAGCAACUGAAAGCUGAACAUCGCCUUAUUUUGAGUGGCACUCCUAUUCAGAAUAAUGUCUUGGAACUUUGGUCUCUUUUUGACUUUUUAAUGCCUGGGUUUCUUGGGACAGAGAAACAGUUCCAAGCCACUUAUGGGAAACCAUUACUGGCUGCAAAAGAUUCAAAAUGUUCUGCUAAGGAUGCUGAAGCAGGGGUUCUUGCUAUGGAAGCGUUGCAUAAGCAGGUCAUGCCUUUCCUCCUCCGUCGAACAAAAGAUGAGGUUUUAUCUGAUCUCCCUGAGAAAAUUAUUCAGGACAGAUACUGCGACCUGAGUCCUGUGCAACUUAAACUUUAUGAACAAUUUUCUUGUUCCAAUGCAAAACAAGAGAUGUCAACAUUGGUGAAAGCACAUGAAAACACGAGUACAGCUGAAGAAACCGCAACAAAAACGACUUCUCAUGUCUUCCAGGCGUUGAAGUACUUGUUAAAACUUUGUAGUCAUCCAUUGCUUGUCAUUGGUGAAAAACCGCCAGAUUAUCUUUCAUCUCUUCUAUCAGAAGUCAUCCCUGACUGUGCUGAUAUUCUCACUGAGCUUCAUAAACUACACCAUUCUCCUAAAUUGGUUGCUCUUCAAGAAAUUCUAGAAGAGUGUGGAAUAGGCUUAGAUACUUCAGGUUCUGAUGGUGCUGUGACAAUUGGGCAGCACCGAGUUCUAAUUUUUGCUCAACACAAGUCUCUUCUUGAUAUCAUCGAAAGGGAUUUGUUCCUGGCUCAUAUGAAGAGCAUCACAUACCUGCGGUUGGAUGGCUCUGUUGAACCAGAAAAGCGAUUUGAAAUUGUCAAAGCAUUCAACUCAGAUCCUACCAUUGAUGUGCUGCUGCUUACAACACAUGUUGGAGGACUUGGAUUAAAUCUUACAUCAGCUGAUACACUGGUCUUCAUGGAGCAUGACUGGAAUCCAAUGAAAGAUCACCAGGCAAUGGACAGAGCUCAUAGACUGGGCCAGCGCAAAGUCGUGAAUGUCCAUCGUCUCAUCAUGCGUGGCACUUUGGAAGAGAAAGUCAUGAGCCUCCAGAAGUUUAAAGUGUCACUUGCUAAUGCUGUCAUCAAUGCAGAGAAUGCUAGCCUGAAAACAAUGAACACUGACCAGUUGCUUGAUCUCUUUACUUCUGCAUCAACUGCUAGACAGGGUACUACUGCUCUUUCAAGCAGCUCCAAUGGUGACCUGAAUAAAGAUUCAAAAUCCAUGGUGGGUGGGAAGGGCUUGAAAGCCGUUCUAAGUGGACUGGAGGAUCUCUGGGAUCAGUCACAGUAUGCAGAUGAAUACAAUCUGAGCCAUUUCUUGGCAAAGCUUAAUGGCUGAAUCUGAUUGCCCCAGUGUACAGUGUAAAUGGGAACAUUGGGCCUUUCGGCCUUAGAUUUUGAUGUGUCACCCUUGAUUUUUUUGUUCUUUGUAUAUUGCUUAUUAGAUACUUGAAGAAGCUGGCUAACAUAUGGGUGGUCCGACUAUUUUUGGGAUGGGAGGGAUCCCCAAAGGGCAAAAGUCACCCAGCACGAUGGGUAUUAUGUAACGUGUAAAUUUGAGGAGUGUAUAUACCUUCAGCUUCUUAUAAUGAAGUCAGCAGUUUCUUAUCAGUCA